AUGAGUGUCGCGACCGUAUCGACCAAUCCAUUAGGUAACUGCGACAGCCAACCCAAUAAUCAUUCCGACACGUUCUGCAAUGCCCACGACAACUAUACCACCGCUGGUGAUGAACUCUCCAACAAGAGUCUGCCCUUUCCAGACCUGGUCGAGGUUCCAACACUCCAACCUCCCCCCCGAAAAUCGCCACGGAGUGCCUCCACAGACUCACCCACUCUAGUCCCCAGCUCCCCACCAUCUCCCACAUCCCUCCCCAACACACCAAUCCAAUGGACAACCGCCGACCUAAUAUACCUAACCUCCCUCCUCCACCCCACCGCCCUCCUAACAAACACCCUCCUCUUCUCCCCCCCUCUCGACUCCCACCCCACCCACCUCCGCCUCUACACCACCAUCCCCCGCCCCCCAUCAGCCAUCGCAAAACUCCUCCCCACAAGCAUCACCCGUCCCCACUUCCGCCGCGUCCUAUUCGCCGAAUCAGAAAAAUGCCCCUCCGCCGCCUCCGCGCGCGCUUCGCUCGCACACGCUCUCCUCGCGGAUGAGUGGCACGCCGCGUACAUGCUCGCUACAUACGACGUCCUAGCUAUACUCUACAGCACACCCCUCCUAUUACUGACCAGCAUACACCGCGGCAUGCUGUACAUGCUCGCCGUCUCGGACGCGGAGUGGCACGCUCGCCUGAUACAUUUGCGCGGCGGGGUGAUCGGGCCUGGCGGCGCUGUGGACUGGAGCGGUGGUGCGGAGGCGGGUGUGGACGGGAGUUGUGGGGUCGAAGCUAGAUUGGAGCUUUUUCUGCUGGAGAGCGGGAGGACGGAGAUCGAGGGGUGGGUGGGGAAGGUUGGAGUAGCGGUUGGGUUGUCUGGCGGGGAGAGGGUGGCGUGCGGGGUUGUGUAUGGGGAUGCGGCGGCGUUUUUGGGGAGGGUGGUUGGGGGGUGUGGGUAG